AUGCAAAGACUAAACAUCGCCAUUGACAUAGCUACCGCGAUCGAAUAUCUUCACAAGGGUUGCUAUCCAGCCAUUGUCCAUGGAGAUCUGAAGCCAAGUAAUCUGCUUCUAGACAAUGACAUGAUGGCUCGAGUUGGAGAUUUCGGGCUUGCAAAGAUCAUUUCAACGGUGUCUACCGAAACCCUAGGAGUUCAAGACCAGGGUAGUUCAACUUCAACCGCAGUCAAAGGAUCCAUCGGCUAUGUGCCUCCUGAGUAUGGCAUGGGACACAAGGUUUCCACACUUGGGGAUGCAUAUAGUUACGGCAUUCUAUUAUUGGAGAUGUUCACAGGAAAGAGACCCACUGAAGAGGCCUUCGGGCACCAUCUUAACCUCCACAACUUUGUUCGAAUGGCUCUUCCGGAUCGAGCAAUGGACAUUUUAGACUUAAGGGUUUGUUGUGAAGCUGGUGAUCGACAACAAGAGAUGAAAAUUAGACAUUGCAUUAUCUCUGUAUUCGAAGUUGGAGUCGCAUGUUCGAUGGAAUCACCACCAGAACAGAUGGGCAUGACCGAGGCAAUAAGGAAAUUACACUUGAUCAAGAUGAUGAGAGGAGCUCAACGCGAGGUCUUGAGACCCACCAAAGGCAUAAACUUGACAUUCGAGCAAGCUUGGCUGCCCUCAAAUGAGAAAGGGAGAAAGAGCUAUGCAAAAGUAGGGACAUCGACCAACAUUGAAGCGAUAUGGGAGAGAGGGUGA